AUGAAGCUCCCACUGGCCCUACUAGGACUCAGCGUCGUUCAAAAUGCCUGCCAUAUCCUCGCCGUACCCCUCGAUACCUGGUCGAGUAGAUCCGGAGCGUCAUCCCAGGCUGUAGACAUGUUCAAUACGGCCAUUGAAUGGAACGACAAGUACUGGAACGAUCAAGCCGGCUAUCUGAUCACAUCGACAUCCAGUAGUGGGCGAUACGAUACAAGGCAUUCAGCCUGGUAUGCGACCCAAUUGCUUGCGAGGAAUGCACCCGGCGAUGUUGAUAAAGCCGUUCGAAUCUUUGACAACGUGAUUGGAGGCCAGUACCUUGAUCCGUCUAAGCAAUGGUAUGGCGAUUAUCAACAUGCGCCUUCAGAGCCCGAACCUGGAACACUGAAGUAUCCCGAUGAUGGGCCAUACAGCUCGUGGGAUCCCAACAUCCGAGACUUCGUAGGCUGUGCUUGGAUUGUUGCCUUGGCCGAUUAUGGUCAUCUCCUUCCAGCAGCGACGGUCACGAAGGUGGAGAAGUCCCUGCACAUCGCCGCAAAAGGCGAUUUAUACCGCGUUGGAGGAGUCGACGGAGACAACUCCUACCCAUGCUAUUCCAAUCCCUGGCUGAUGCGAACCAUUCUCCAGAAUUGGGUAGGAGCACGAGUAGGAGAUGCAAACCUGACCAAGUCCGGCGAGAACUUCGCCCAGGAGAUCUACGAUCUCUGGAGUAUGCACCAUACACUGUCCGAAUUCAACUCCCCAACCUAUGCCGGUGUGGCCAUGUGGGCAUUGGCUCUGUGGGAACAGUACGGAACCAGUGGCAGCUUAUUGAAGAAGUAUGGGCCUGAUAUGCUCACAGCCAGCUGGAACGAGUUGGGCCAACUCUACAAUGCCAACUUGAAGAAUCUCGCUGGCCCCUGGGACCGCAGUUAUGGCUAUGACAUGAACCAAUAUGCAUCUCUCGUCGGCGCGGUGAUUUGGGGCGUUAUCGGACGCGAGAAAGCACCAGUUCCCCAGCAGGACUUGGGGAUGUAUCAUCAAGAUGAUUUCGCAUUCUUUCCUCUGUUCGCUCUCUCGAUGUCCGUUAUGGUCAAAUAUUUACCUGCGAAGGCGAAGGCGAAUCUGCUCCAGUUCCCCGGCGAGCAUCUAUACACAUCUCAAGCUUUUUCGCCGCCAUUCGAUACUUAUCCCCGGAAUAUCACGGCUUGGAUGUCCAAGGAUGUGACUAUCGGUGCCGAGACUGUGGCCGGGACUGUUGUUGGAGGUCCUAGUAUCAACCCCAGUCAGUUCAGUCCGGCUGUCAUCCAGUGGGCGAUCGACGAGAACCAGAUUGGUUGCAUUGCACACUGGGUGACGGAGUCAUCUAUUGAUGCCGUUGCUGACCCUGGAAGCCUGAAAAUAUCUUACCCUAACGCAACAGCCGGCAACGGACCUGUAUCAUUCAAUUUCCUUUUCAGCGGGCUGGAUCUGGGCAACGGGCUCAAUGUGACAGGUCUGGAAGAUCUUCCAGGUUUGAAUCUCCAGAUAUCAACCAACGCUUUGCCGAACUAUACCAUCACUUACAACACCGACCACUCCGUCAACGAAUUCGUCUUCUACAAUGUCACGUACACGAUGCCCGAGGUUUUCACAGAGACACCUUACGUACAUCUUGAGAUAGCAUGA